AUUCGUAACAUGUUAUACUUGUAUUAUACUAUUUUUAGGUUCUUUUAUUAUUGCAUCUCUAUAUGUUACUUUUGUCGAUAUAUUUGUUUUUUUCUAUGUCUGAUAAUAGAUAUCGACAAAAUUAAGAAAAAAAGAUUGUUCUUCUGGGUGAACGAGUUAGAAAAGAACAAGCGGAUAUCUCGAGCCUACCGUCUACCAUAUCUAGAUAAUACAAAGUACACAAAUGUAUACGUCGCCAUUUCGAGAGUUGCGCCCAGGGCGAACGUGAUGUGCCUGUUAACUGGAAAACUUGGCGCCAGAUCAUCAAAAACGCCGAUCGCCAUCGAGCUAUCCUCCCGUCGCCGGCCGGCUCCCUUGUCGCCGGAAAUCAUUAUCGCGCGCACCAACAAACGCAGCUGCGCAGCUAUGAGAGCCCGAAUAGUUUUGUUUGGAGUUUUGCUCGUUUGCACGAGCAUUCGGUAUGCAGAUAGCAGGUCGAAGAAAACGACGCAGCUAUCAUUGCAGAGCAAAGAGACAAACGUGGUAAAUUUUAUGCGACUGCUGGUGAUGAGAUUGGUCUUUGGGGUAGCUUCGGCAAUGGGGCUGGGUGAAAAUCUCUCGGGUGUCCUUGGCGGAAUUUUCGUGCCUCCUGGAGCCGAGGAGUACAAUGAGGAUUACGGAGACGAUGACUCGAUCGUACCUGAUAUUUUCUGAAUUAGAUAUAUCUUUCAGCCUGAUCGCGCUGAUCCGCUGAUCCUCGACGGUGGUCGACGCCGCGGCAACGAUCGCGUUUCGGGAAUUAUGUCGAUAUAAAAGACAUACUUAAUUCUAAAUAAUUCUUGCAACUAAAUCGUUCAAAUUAUGGAGAAAUUAUCAUAUUUUUUUAUUAAUUCCGUGUCUGAAUUAAAAAAAUUCAGGAAAUGUGUAUUUUAAUUUGUUUGUUAUAUGAAAAGCUAUUCUAUUCUCUGAUUCUAUUUUAUUGCUAUUAAUAAGAUUCACGUUGAAUGUUAUUUGAAUAAGUUUUAUAUACGAAGUAUAUGAAAAUUGGAAAAGAUAAUACAUAAACAAAUAUAUAUGUAUAUAUAGUGGCUUAUAAUAUGAAUCUCUGUUGUAAAAAAAGUACGAAUGAGAAAAUAUGACUUAUCGAUCGAUCCUGUUGCGGAAAUUGAAAAAAAGAGCGUCUUAGAUCCUUCGUUAAUAAUUACUUCGUUAAUAAUGUUGCAUGUUCAAAAAUUCAUGAAUCAGAGAAUGUUGCUUGUGAUACGAUUACCGGAUUAUGAUUCAGUCGUGAGCGAUCUGUUGGUCUUGCGCGAGAGGCUUUUUAAGUGAUUUUGUGUACCGUUAUCCGUCGUAAUUUCGGUAGAGCUAAUAGAUGUGCACCGUCUAUGGGUGAAAAUACGAGUAGCAAAUCGCUUGUUUCCGCUUUCCGUUUAUCUCGUAUCAAGUGAAUGUAACCAUCAAUUCCAACGGUUCUGGUCCAGUGAAAUUAGCAUCUGCUAAUCGCGAUCGAAAUCUUUUCAUAAAUAUUUAAAUAAAUUUGAUCGUUAUAUCUCUUUCGAGAGUGUUGCGAAACCAGUCUCAGAUGCCUUGAUAUAGAAUAAUAAUAUGUUUUAGUUCAUUUCACCGCUCAUUAAAAUGGAUUGAAAUGUAGAACUGGACUUACACCAUACUUUCGAAUUAAUCAGCUCAAACGUGUAACAAAAGUAAAUAGAGUGGUUUCUAUAAUUACUGUGAAAGCUUGUAAUUAUGAGGAACAUUCAUUCUGUAUAUCGAUAAACGAGAUGGAAAGCGCGACAUUCAUUAUUGUUAACAAAGAACUGUAAUUUACUUAUUUAUUUAUUUAUUUAUUUUAUUAUUAAAGAAUAAUAUUGUAGUUUAACAUUACACAUAUAAACCUUUAGAUACCGAAAAAAAAAAACAGUCAUUCUGCGACAUAGAAUUGCGUUUUACGCUAUUAUUUCAAUCCUAAUAUAUGUUGACAAAUUUAAUUACGAUUUAUAUUAUGUAUCAAUGAUUUGAUAUGAUAUAAAACGUACUUGAUAUUGUUAAUGUAAAAAAAAUCGAAAGUUUAACAUUAAACUAAUGUAACGAUCGAAAAUUUAACGUUAAUUAAACUACAAAAUAUUGCAUAGUUUUAGUAUUAUGUCUGUAUAAUUAGUCGCAUAACAAAUACAAAUUAUUUAUACUACAUUUUUCUUUACAAGAUUAAAUACUGACAAUAAAAUUUUUAUUUAUUAAUCUUUGUAUUAUCUUUUUAUUUUUUAUACAAUAUACUAAUAUUCGAUUCGUAAAAUAAGCUUAUCUACAAUGCUUAUGGCUAGUCGAGAAAAUCAGUAUGCGACAAACUUGCGACCGAGAAAAAAAGAAAAUGUGUUGUCGUUUGACAC